AUGCUGCAGCUCCCGACCGCGCCGAUCGGGCUGGGGUGGAUGGGAUGGGCGAUCGGAGGACCCCGCCGAGGAUCGACUGGAGAGGGCCCUGUGCCCGCGCACCCCCCGAGGCCUCGCCCUGCCCGCCCACAGGGCGCCCCGAGCUGGGCUGCUCGGGAGGGCGGCGCCGGGGUGGUGCGUGCCCUCCGUUUCAAGCUGACUGAGCUCGAGCUGCGCUGCUCCUCACAGUCUGUGCGCUCUGAGCUUUUUCCCCUUCCGACGGGUGUUGGGGCCAACCUCGCCAGACGUCGGCGCACCACGCCGGGGGCUGGAGCCCCUUCGGCGCGCGGUGAUUUUCCGAGGCGGGGGCUCGGCUCUGGGCUGUCGGCGGGGCUGGCGCCCCCCGUCACAAGCACCUCGGCCCCCAGUGCUUAUUGA